AUGCAUCGCGAUGGUGACAGGGAAAGGGCUUUAAAGUUGGGUUCGAGUUGGGUUCGAGUUGGGUUCGAGUUGGGUUCGAGUUGGGUUCGAGUUGGGUUCGAGUUGGGUUCGAGUUGGGUUCGAGUUGGGUUCGAGUUGGGUUCGAGUUGGGUUCGAGUUGGGUUCGAGUUGGGUUCGAGUUGGGUUCGAGUUGGGUUCGAGUUGGGUUCGAGUUGGGUUCGAGUUGGGUUCGAGUUGGGUUCGAGUUGGGUUCGAGUUGGGUUCGAGUUGGGUUCGAGUUGGGUUCGAGUUGGGUUCGAGUUGGGUUCGAGUUGGGUUCGAGUUGGGUUCGAGUUGGGUUCGAGUUGGGUUCGAGUUGGGUUCGAGUUGGGUUCGAGUUGGGUUCGAGUUGGGUUCGAGUUGGGUUCGAGUUGGGUUCGAGUUGGGUUCGAGUUGGGUUCGAGUUGGGUUCGAGUUGGGUUCGAGUUGGGUUCGAGUUGGGUUCGAGUUGGGUUCGAGUUGGGUUCGAGUUGGGUUCGAGUUGGGUUCGAGUUGGGUUCGAGUUGGGUUCGAGUUGGGUUCGAGUUGGGUUCGAGUUGGGUUCGAGUUGGGUUCGAGUUGGGUUCGAGUUGGGUUCGAGUUGGGUUCGAGUUGGGUUCGAGUUGGGUUCGAGUUGGGUUCGAGUUGGGUUGGGUUGGGUUGGGUUGGGUUGGGUUGGGUUGGGAAAUAGGCUGGGGUGGUUCAGGUAAGCUCUUCAAUUUGAUCCCCACAAACCUUCUCUAUCAUUUGGGCAUCGAGUGGUAA